GUUUUAGUAACUCUCAAAAGUUAUUUUAUCCCCGUGCGACCAAAUGAGUUACAACUUGAAACAGGAAGUUAAAAAGCGCUUCCUCGACGACUGCAUUAACAAAGUCAAGCCCCAAUCUAAAUGGAAGGUUCUCCUAGUAGACAGCCAUAGUACGCGCGUAAUAUCAUCGGUUAUACGUAUGACAGAACUCACCGACUCCGGUGUAACAGUUGUUGAAAGACUUAAUCAACAGAGGCAACGUCUUGCCACCUUUGAAGCUAUCUAUAUUAUAUAUCCUUGUCUCGAAUCCUUCCAACAGCUCAUCGAAGAUUUUAAGCCGGGAAAUGUCCUCUAUAAGGGAGCUCACAUAUUCACACUGACCCCCACUUCGGAGAAAUUAUUCACUCUUUUAGCUAUAAAUAAUAUUUCAAAGUACAUUUUAACCUUCUUAGAGCUGAACCUUAAUUUUUUGGCUAUUGAGUCUCAAGUAUUUUCCUUGGACGAACCUCUCGGACUUUGGGCUGUUUAUAGUCCGCACGGCAAAGAUGAGUUCGAUCGUAUUACUUUGUAUACUGCUGACCAACUAGCCACGUUGUUUUCGACUUUGGGGCAGCACCCGUAUAUUGGCUACUUGAAUAGUAGCGAAAAGAAUCUUACCUUUGCAGAAGUUGUUCACAGCCGCCUCCAAUUUUUAGUGCAGCUUGGGGCGGUCCCCUCGGAAAGGGCAGGUCAUCUGGUCAUCCUCGACAGGGGAGCGGACUUAUUCUCUCCGGUUCUCCAUGAGCUGACCUACCAGGCAAUGCUUUACGACUGCUUUGACGUCAAGAACAACAUGCUAAUGGCGAACAACGAGGCUUUCAUUCUUGACGAAAACGACCCAUUAUGGUGUAGUUUAAGGCACCUUCACAUUGCCGAUCUGUCAAAGAAGGUCGCUGGGCUGCUGCAGGACUUUAAAAAGAGAGAGAAGGAGUAUCGACCAACUAAAGAGAAACUUUCUGCUCAAGAGCUCGCAACAAUUAUGAGGAAACUUCCGAGCCUUAAGGAAGAAGGAAAAAUAGUCUCCUUCCACUAUAAUAAUGCAGCAUUGUGCAUGACCGAGUUAAACAAGACUAACCUGCACGAUAUAUGCGAGGCGGAGCAGAACGUUGCCUUUCAAAUGGAUUCUAAUAACAAGCCCAUCAAGAACACCCUUUCGUGCAUCCUGCCUCUGUUGAGGGACCCCCAAACCACUUACGAUAACAAACUUCGUCUCGUUCUUCUUUACUUGCUACGAAAGCGAGGCGUCUCCGAGUCUGAGCUGAAGCAGCUUUUGGAUUCGGCUGAUAUAGCGAACGAGGACCGAAUUAUAUUUAGGACAUUACCGCUUCUGGGCGGGAAGAUACUUAAUCAAGACCCGGGAACACCAGAAUUCCCACGCGCUGGCAGACAUACCGGAGAAAAGUAUUCGACGUCCCGCUGGACGCCUUUUGUGUGGGAUGUGGCACAGGCGGUGUUGCAGGGCAGCUCCGCCUCCAUAGGCAUUAACUAUCUCGAUCCAAAGCCAACGACUAAAACUAGUAAUACAGAACCCGCCGCUCAGUCCAGGCGAAAGAAAAAGACCUGGAUAUCACAAACGGAAGACAGAAACAUUGAAAAGGUGGUUAUAUUUAUUAUUGGCGGAAUAACCUAUUCGGAAAUGCGAUCAGUUUACGAGAUUUCUAAAAUGUUCAGUACACCGGUUCUGAUUGGUUCGACAAACGUGUUAACUUCAAAAAUAUUUUUACAAGAGCUUAAAGAUUUGGAUGAUCCACUAGAAUAA